AUGGAUGUAACAGUUUACCCGCCUCCUCCUCAGCCUCUGGCCGUGUCAAACCACAGCAGGCUCGGGCAGCUCUCUUACCCCGACCCGGCCUUCGGGACCAACAAGCUGGAUGGGGACACCAUGUUCCUGGGUACGCCAGAAGCAGGCCUUGACUACGCCUCAACCAAUCAGUUUCGUGUGCCACAGCCCCCACACCCUCUCUGCAAGGUGUCGCCACCAAACCAACCCUCACAGCACUGGAGGAGGGACACACAUAUGACCGACACGCACCGUCUGCCUUGGUCAUACUCAGUGGGUGGUUUGGGUGAUGAGGACUUCAACAUCCCACCCAUCACUCCCCCCACCCUGCCAGACCACAUGCUGCCCCCCCAUCUCCCUCACAAUUCUCCCUCUGGAGCGUACCACCCUCUGGACCCUCCCUCCAGCUCAGCUCCACACCACCUCUACCAGCUGCAGGGCAUGGAUUUGCCUGGCAUGCCUGGGAGCCAAGAUGGAGCUACUAUGUUGAACCAAGAUGGUGGCACAUUCAGCCCAGAUGGUGGCCCAAUGACCAGUACACUAUCAGUGAUGCAGCAAAUGGUGAACUCCGAUUCUCGGUUUACCAGCAGCCAACAGCCUAUUGAAGCAGCUCUUGGACCCAGGAGCCAAUCAGGCAUGAAUCAGCAAAGUCAGUUGUCCACCAUCAACCAAUCUCAGCUGGGGCUGAAUGGGAACUCUGUUACCCAUAAUUCUCCUUCACCUCCUGAGAGUAAAUCCGCCACACCAUCUCCUUCCAGUUCAGCGCAUGAGGAUGAGAAUGAUGAUGGACUCAGGCAUGGUAGUGGAGCAGAGAAGCGGCCAGCAACAGUUGACAUCUCCAAGAAACCGAAAACACCAAAGAAGAAGAAGCGAAAAGACCCCAAUGAGCCAGUGAAACCAGUAUCUGCCUAUGCCUUGUUCUUCAGGGACACCCAAGCCAACAUCAAGGCCCAGAACCCCAAUGCCACCUUUGGGGAGGUGUCAAAGAUUGUGGCCUCCAUGUGGGAUGGCCUUGGAGAGGAACAGAAACAGGUGUACAAGAAGAAGACAGAGACGGCUAAGAAGGAGUAUCUUAAACAACUGGCUGCCUACAGAGCUAGCCUGGUCUCACAGAGUUACAAUGACCCAUCUGAAAUGAAGCUGCCCCACUCCUCCUCGUCUUCCUCUUCCUCCUCUACCUCAAUGUUUACACCCAAACAUUCAGUCUACCCCGGUCACCCAGGCCAGCACCCUUCCUCUAGCUCACUCAACCACCCUCACCCUCUCCCUCCCCCUCAGCACCCAGGCAUGUACAUGACGUACCCUCACCCGUCCCAUCCUUCCCAUGCCUCAAGCCCUGGCCUUGGCCCCCACCUGUCCCCUCCUCACACCCAGAUCCACCCCCAGCUCCAGGCUCUGUCCUCCAGAGGUAACGUGCCACGGCCCAGUGUCCCCCAUCAGGGAGCUCUGUCCCUCAGCAGCGUGGUGGCAGCGUCCACCCCUCCCCUCCAGGUCACCCCUCCCCUCCAUAGCCAGGCACACCUGGGAGGGCUGCACAGUCCACACCAUCAGCACCAGCAGCUCAGUGGACACUCACUGGGAAUGACACACUCCCCUGCCAUCACACAGGGCUACCUUCCUUCCCUCCAGUCUGACUACCAGCCAAUGGGAGGAGGUAUGCUUAAUGGUGGCGCAGUGAUGUCAUCAUCAGUGGACUACCACCAGCUGGGUCGACACACACCGCAUCACCACCCCUCUUUGGACUGGAGCACUGAAUACCAUGGCAAUGGAGGUGUUCAGAGGGACAAACCCCUGUAUCUGAGCUAAUCUCAGGACAAACCUCAACCAAGUCCUUGAACUGCCACACCAUGGAAACCUCUAGCCUCACUUCUCGAUGAACACAGGCCAGCCUAGUCCAACCUUAGCCCAAGGGGGACUCAACCAACCAAGAGAGCACCUAAACCUGAACUAAACUUCAACACUCCAAACAAAAGCCCAAGCAGUUGAAUAAUGGAAUAUUUCUGUGCAUUAAUACUUUGUCUCCUCUAAGGGACAACAGGACAGUGUUAUAAACUGACAAGGACAUCUGUUAUCGGUUGUAUCUUUUCUCCUGAUCAUUUACUGCAUAAGACAUGAAGACUAUGAUUUGAAUUGAAAAUGUGUAUACCAGUGAGGAGAGGUAGGCAGGCAUUGUGCUGUGAACCGUGCCGAUAGAUAUACUGUAUAUACUCCAAAAGGGAUAUUCUGUCCGGUUUCGAGGUAGCCCUAAAAAUUUCAUGCCAAGUUUCUCAUUUUUUGAAAAUGAAUGAGAGGUGUUUACCAUCAUUUCAAAAAGGCUCUGAAGAGCAAGUGUAAAUUGUUGUAACAUAAUUUUGUGAGCUGUCGAUUUAAAACCAACUAAUUUUUUUUUUCUUUGACCUCAUAAUAGCUGUAUCCUUCUAUGACCAAAGCUAGAGGAACACAGCACACAAAUGAAGGGUUAAUAACCAAAUACAACAGAUUUUCUCAAAUUGUCUUUCCCCACUGGUUCUUUAAUUCGAUGAAUAUAAGCCUUCGGUUUGAUGCAGUAUUGCCUGAGGUCCAACACACUGUCUGUAGAGACAAAAAAAGUAGCGUGAUUCUGAAGAAGCAGAAGCAGUGCAGAACACAGUAAUGACUUAAUUCACACUGCUUUAUCCAGCUAAAGACAAAUACAAGAAAGAGGUGGAACAACACCUGAAGCUGUUUGUUUGUGCCUCUUUAACCACACACUGACUGUGAAUAACUGUGUAUGAUUAUAGAACUUUCAUUGUUAUCCUGCAGUUAGGUUCAGAUCUGCAGGGUAGAAAUCCAAUGUAUUUUAGUCCUCGAAAUAAUGAAAUGUCAAACAAUUCUUUGUUUAAAAAAAAAGAAACAAAAAUACUCCUUUGUACAAUGACAGCUCCUCCUCCUGGCAUAUGUCUGUUGAUAAUAUUGAUUUGAAUCCAAACUGUGUGUGUGAGUGUGUGAAGUGUUAAUGACAAAGAGUGGUUGAUUGGGUUGCAUGGUCUCUUUUGUCAACUCGGUUUCUCUGUGCUGAGAGGCUAUUUAAGAAACUAUAACUAUUGCUGGGUUGGAUAUGUUUUAAUGUUGUUUUUUUAAUCAAUUCAAGUUUUGUUU